AGUGAACCAGUGAGACAGUUAGAACCAGUUAGAACCAGUGAACCAGUUUGAACCAGUGAACCAGUUUGAACCAGUGAACCAGUUAGAACCAGUGAACCAGUUAGAACCAGUGAGACAGUUAGAACUAGUGAAUCAGUUAGAACCAGUGAGACAGUUAGAACCAGUGAACCAGUUAGAACCAGUGAGACAGUUAGAACCAGUGAACCAGUUAGAACCAGUGAGACAGUUAGAACCAGUGAACCAGUUAGAACCAGUGAGACAGUUAGAACCAGUGAACCAGUUAGAACCAGUGAACCAGUUAGAACCAGUGAGACAGUUAGAACCAGUGAACCAGUUAGAACCAGUGAACCAGUUAGAACCAGUGAGACAGUUAGAACUAGUGAAUCAGUUAGAACCAGUGAGACAGUUAGAACCAGUGAACCAGUUAGAACCAGUGAACCAGUUAGAACCAGUGAGACAGUUAGAACCAGUGAACAGUUAGAACCAGUGAGACAGUUAGAACUAGUGAAUCAGUUAGAACCAGUGAGACAGUUAGAACCAGUGAACCAGUUAGAACCAGUGAACCAGUUAGAACCAGUGAGACAGUUAGAACUAGUGAAUCAGUUAGAACCAGUGAGACAGUUAGAACCAGUGAACCAGUUAGAACCAGUGAACCAGUUAGAACCAGUGAGACAGUUAGAACUAGUGAAUCAGUUAGAACCAGUGAGACAGUUAGAACCAGUGAACCAGUUAGAACCAGUAAGUCACAUGAGUUGAACCAGUGAGCAGACAGAGAGAACUAUGUGGUACUAUAGAGACCAGAGAACUACGAUGAACACUGUGUUCUGAGAGAGAAGACGACAGACGCUUCCACUGUUGGCCCUUCUACAGGGGGCACCAAUGCUGUGGUCAGAAAUUGAGGGACCCACCACCACUACUACCGAGCUUCACCACCACCCCUCUGACCAGCAACACAAAGUCCCAUAGGAGGAACCCGGAAGUGAAGCAGGAAGUAAGCGGCAGUGGCAGCAGAAAGCAUGCUGGGAUGUGGGGGCGGGGCCAAGCUGCGCCACAGUUUGACGGUGGCCUCGGGAUUCAUUGAAAACCUGUGUUUCUCGGGGAUAGCGUACGGCUGGGCGUCGCUGGUGUUCAUCCUUAAGAACGACGGCUACUUCAGUGACCUAUGUGACAUCACUGCCAACGCCUCUGACCCCAGUGACAUUAUCACGUUGUCAGGGGAGCGGCCCAGUGAUAACAUUAUACAGUCAGACUGUAGUGGACAGGAUGAACAGUUCUCCCUAAUCUCUCUCCCUAUCCCUCCAUCUCUCUCAGACUGUAGUGGACAGGAUGAACAGUUCUCCCUAAUCUCUCUCCCCAUCCCUCCAUCUCUCUCAGACUGUAGUGGACAGGAUGAACAGUUCUCUCUGGUCUUCACCGUCGCCUCCUUCUCCAUGAACUUCCUGCGUUUUCCUCUGGGCUUCCUGUUCGACCGCUUCGGCACCAUGGCGACCAGGCUCCUGGCCACAUGUCUGUACACCACGGGGACCUUGUUGAUAACUGUCUCCAGUCCAGAGCAGUCAGCGUUGCUGUUUCCUGCCAUCUCGUGCCUGAUCACAUCUGGAAUGUUGUUCUACACCACCAAUGCUCAGGUGGGGAACCUGUUCGACAGCCACCGUUCCACGGUCAUAUCGGUCUACGCCGGAGCCUUCGACUCCUCCGCCGCUGUCUUCCUCAUCAUCAAGUUUUUGUAUGAAAAAGGGGUCUCUUUCCACUCCUCCUUCCUCGUUCUCUCCGUCUGCAGCGUCAUCCACGUCUUCCGGACGUUCUUCCUCAUGCCCAAGACCCACAUCCCCUACCCACUCCCCGACAGAUACGCUUACGGGGUGAGCUGCGGUGGCCGGCGUUGGGAGAAAGGGGGAGAGAGAGGAGAAAAGGACAGAGGAGGAGCAGAGAGAAAAGGAGAUGUAAAUGCCAGAUAUCAGAACAAUGCUGUGUUACAGAAGGCUGACAGAGCCCCGCUGCAGUUGCAGGACAAAGCAGGACCUUCCAGACCCGAUCAGCCUGAGAGAGUUACCAGUUUUAGGAGUUGUGUCCUGUCCUGGUUCUUCCUGUGGCACCUGGUCUGGGUGGCUGUCAUGCAGUUCUGUCACUUCCUGUUCAUCGCCACGGUGAACCCCAUGCUCAACCGGCUGGCCAACAGAGACCAGACCCUGGUGAGUCAGUACACCAAUGCCUUUGCCUUCACCCAGCUCUGUGGGGUCCUCUGUGGUCCCUGGAAUGGCCUCAUCAUGGACAGACACAAGGGGAAGCCACUGGCUCCAGGAGAGACAAAGCAAGAAGCCGACCUGCGCUCCUCUUCUCUCUCCCUCUUCCUCACCUCCCUCCAGUGCCUCCUCUUCUACGUCUGCGUCUCCUCUCCUCUCCUUCCUCUCCAGUACCUCACCUUCAUCCUGCAAGUCCUCAACAGUGCCUUCAUCUAUGGUGGACACCAAGCCUUCCUCACCAUCGCGUUUCCCGGCUGCCAUUUUGGUAAGUUGUCUGGUCUGACAACAUCUCUGUCAGCUGUGGUUCUGCUGCUCCAGUUCCCUGUUCUACACCUCAUCAGAGAGUUGCUGCAUGGAGACCCUAUCUAUGUGAACGUGGGUCUGACCCUCCUCACCCUCCUCACCUUCAUCCACCCCCUCCACGUCCACCUCCACUGCCGCUCUCUAGCCAGUCAGAGGAGGGCUAGGACCGAACAGGAAGUGACAAACUCAGGGUCAGAGGUCACCUGCAACAGGCUGGUGGGGAUGUGACGACAACCAACAACAGUAGUGGUGCGUCUCAAUAGUCUAAAGUCGCUUCCUCUCCUUGUCUCCUUUCUUUGAUAACAUUGAUCUGAUAAAAUUGGUGGAAAACAGGGUCUGUGUCCCAAAUAGUGCCCUAUCCCCUACAUGAGGCAUUACUUUUGAUGGGCCCUGGUUAAAAGUAGUGCCCUAUAUUAGGGAAUAGGGUGCAUUGGGGCACAAACAGGUGCCUCUGUAGGAUGCCUUCCCUUCGCCAUCUUGCUUUCACUUGUCCGAUGUAGGUGAAGAAGAGGAGACGAGGAGAGAAAGCAUCUUUAGACUGUUGGGCUGCAUCCAGGACAAGUGCCACUACAUCAUGGACAUCGCCACUGACUGUUCAAUGCAGGGCAAAGGAGGACAGUGACCAAAGUGAAGACCUACUGUAAUGUGUGUGUUAACCUGUCUGAUUGUAAUAAAGAAUACAACUAAACUGUGAAACAACAAAGUCCAAAGUAUAGUUUAGGUUUGAAUGGUCAAAAUAUCAAUCACAAUGGGUUAAAUAUGUGGCUCCCAAGUGACGCAGCGGUCUAAGGCACUGCAUCUCAGUGCUAGAGGCGUCACUACAGACCCUGGUUUGAUCCCGGGCUGUAUCACAACCGGCCGUGAUCGGGAGUCCCAUAGGGCGAUACACAGU